GACCUCAAAAUUCCUUCCUCAACCGCCUCCCCGACCGCCAGCAUCCCCUUCCCGCCCCGGAAAUUUCCCGUCCGCACGGCGCUCCACUUCCACGCUCCGCGUCCGAAACUCACCCUCACCACCCCCGUCUCCCUGACCCGCGACUUCGCCGCCCGCAAGCACAAGAUGGGUUCCGCUCCCCGCCUCGGCGCCCUCGGGCACACCUUCACCGCCAUGCGCGCCAUGCAGUUCGUCGCGCUCGUUUCCAUCAUUGGCAUGGUCUCCAACUUUAUCUCCGAAAUCAACGGCGCCGAUGCCCUCUCGCCUCCGGUCUUGAUCGGCACGCUCGUUAUUUCCUGCAUCGCAACCCUCUACAUCUCAAUCACCUACAUCCUCUACUACGACAACAUGCUGCCCCUCCUCAUCGCCACAGCCGCCGACUCUUUCCUCCUCAUCGCCGUCAUCGUCGUCGCCUGCCUCCUCGGCAAACCCCUCUCCUACCUCAACUGCGCCGCCUUACCCAAGUCCUCGGGCAGCACUGCCAACUUCAUGGCCUCCGUCACGGCCAACAUCAACACGGGCUCCGCGCUCAACUACUUUAUCUGGGUCGGCGCCGACCAGCGCACAUGCUACGCCAUCAAGGCCGUCUGGGGCCUGGUGGCGGCAGUCGGUGGCGGCUACGGCGGUGCUGGUGGUGGCGGCGGCGGCUAUGCUCCUUCUUUCCCGCCUCCUCCCACGAGGGAAGUACGGGGUUGCUACGUUGGCAACAGCACGAAGAGCCUAGGCACCGCCGCGGUGUUGGCGCGGGAGAAGAAGUGGUGGGACAGCGACGGCUCCGACUCGGACGAUGCCUUUGUCGCUGUGCCUGCUCCCGUCUCCCAAACCAGCCGGACGACCGCGUGGUUCCCGCCGCCGCCGCUAACGAUGCCCCUUACCACGGCGCAGGUGCAGCAUAAGCGCGUGCAGAUUGUCGAGCAGAGGCAGCCCGUUCAUCCGAUGCCCGUCUUGCCAGAAUUGAUUGUCUCUCCUGCACCACCGUUGUCUCCCGAGGCGCGGUCGCCGAUGACGCCGGUGGAGCACCUCGUUCACCGCAAGCCCCUCUCCCGCGGCAAGUCAAAGCGCAAGACGAUUAUGGAGUUUAUUGACGGGUGGUGGGAUUUGGGGUUGUUGGAGCAGCAGAGGCAGACUUUGCUUGCUAGGGCUGCUUCUCGAAAGAAGUAG